UUCGCUGCUUCCCUAGGCACGCGUCGUUUGAGAUCAGAGCGAUACCACACAGUCUGUUAGAUCCCACUGGGAUAGUACAAGAUAGUAUCUAUGGCAGAGGCGUCUUCAUCCGCAACUUCUUCCUCGGGCUCGGCUUCCGAACGCUACUAUGCUCUCAAAGGUCUCCCAUAUUCGCACCUGGACACGCUAGAGCUCUCCCCGGAAGUUGAAGAUUACCUAGAUAUCCUGACUGACAUCGCGGAUGCGCUCGGUAUCGACGACCUCUCUUUCUCAACGUACUCCAAGGCAAUAGAACGACUAGAUGAGGAAGAGCUGUCUGUGACACGCUCGCUGCUUCGCACGCGUGAAGCGGAAGACGAGCUCACUCGACAUCUCUUGUCUCUCAUCCACGAGCAGACACAAUUGGAGAAAUGGACGCACGUCCUGCAGUCGGAUCCUGGCGCGGACGACAACGUCCCUGCGCUCGAGAGGCAGAAGGCUGCGCUCACAUCAAAGGCGAAGGAGUACCAGAAAGAGCUCGAAGCAGUCAUGAGCGAUAUGCCAGAGGCGCCACCUAUCAACAUCACUGAGCUAUACGCGUUUCGUAAGAACCUCAAGGAACAGGAGAAGAUCCUGAAAGAGAAGCGAGCCAAGGUCGAGGCUUUCCAGGGCCUGCCUCCAAAUAUAGAUCUCGCUCGACAUGCUCUUGCGGAAGCGCGAGACAAGCAGAUGGAGCUCAUUCAGCUGCGGGAACGAUUGCUCGGGAAGAUGGCGGACGGCGUGAAUUAAGCUUUACGGGCUAUAACUUGGCUCAACGGGUGCUGUUGCGCUUGUUGAGUCCCUUGUACCUC